AUGAACGCCUCCUGCCAAUGCGGCUCCAUCCGCUUCAAAACCCCCCUCCCCAAACCCCUAGCCUUGUAUAUCUGCCACUGCAUAGCCUGCCAAAGACAAACCUCCUCCGCAUUUGGCGUUUCGGCCAUCUUCCCCCGCUUCUCCCUCCCCGCCAACCUCAUCCAACCACCGCCCUCCUCACCAACACCAUCCUCGGUCUCGUCAUCAGGGAGUCCGCCAGCUGGAUGUGAAGGGAGCGGGAAUAACCUGCUAUCAGUCUACUCACGCGCAACAACCAACGGGCAGACGCUGUACUGCUAUUUUUGCAAGAGGUGCGGGACGAGGUUGGUGCAUGAUAGUCCUAACAAAAACGUCGUCAGCGUCAAGGGGGGUUGCCUAGAGGGGUUGGAUUGGAAGAGCGCGAUUCACAUUUGGACAAAAUCAGCCAUGGUGCCAAUUCCAGAAGGCGUGGAAUCCCACAAGGAGGACUGCAAGGACCCGGAAGAGUAUGGUGUUUGUCAGGAGGAGUUGGAUCAGCCGCCGGGGGGGAGUUUGUGAGUGAUUUCGUUGACAGCAAUAAUCGGAAGCUGGAAAUAUAGGUCAGGAAAAAAAAGGGAAUAUGAAUACACCACUCGGUUUCAAGGUGAGGUCAAAAAGAAUACCAAAACUAAAUGCCACGUCUGUUUAAUACAACCCUGCCA